AUGCCCUUUGAACCUGGAGACUGCCCAUUUCACCGAGUUGUUGAGAGGUCAUUCCUCAAUCAAAUCUGCGAAGACUGCCUGCUGGCAGAACUCGGAAGCCUGCCAACCCGUCUCACUAGUAUCACUGCUGGAGAUGCCCAACCCGACCGGCCAGGCAAUGGAGAAGGACUGAUUUGGGAUAGCGAGGUGAAGAUCGAGAUCGAGUUUCCAGGUUCUGGGUUCUCAGCAAGCCCACAUGUGCCGGAAGCGUCAGUACGGGACCAGGAAGUAUCGGAUGAUGACUGGAGGAUUCUCGAAAGCCACGUCGAGGUCACCAUCGAAGACGAGCAUCAGGAUAUCAUCACCGGAAGAGCUACCUCUCCAGAAAUAGUAGCAGAACAACGAAACGAUCAACCACAAUCAUCGUCAAUACAGAUCUCUCGCCCUUGCAGUCCCCGGGGUGAGGUUUGCCCUCCAAGUUCUGUAGGCUUCGCAAGCAAGAGAUAUGGGCGUGUCAUCCAGAAAAAUAAGACUGUCGGUUUUGAUGGCGUGGAUAGCGAUAGUGGUGUCGACCUAGGGCGCUCACGUCGCGAUCCUCCACCACUAUUUCGGGGGAGGUCUUUGAUGUGUUCGAAUUUCCGCAACGCUCGAAUAUACGAGCCCGAUGCAGACAGCAGUGCAAUACCAACAAGAACAAGACUUGGUUUUGGAGACCUGCCGAAAUUGCAAAGCCUAAAAGGCCUCUCGACGUCUUUGCGCAUGGCACCGAGGUCAUUUGCAGUGGCCCCAGGCAACUGUGGAAAUUCACGAACGGGUUCAGCAUCUUCAUCAAGCUCUACAGGGACAACCUCUAAGAAACAUUUCCAAAACAAUCGCAACCGGAAAGAUGCACCUCGUGCAGAAGAAACGAGUGAGACCAUGUUGGUAGGGAUUGAGCAACUUCCCGAUGAUGUCCAGGACAUUCGAAUCCGUGGAACGCAGGAUACACUGGCCAUUCCGCCUCGGAAGUCGAGUUUGAAGAAUUUUGCCCUCUUUCUCAUGGAUGAUUUCAGACGAACAAAGGCGACGGUGCAGCCGCGAUCAGGCUGCCAAUCAAGGAGCCUUACCCCUAGUCCAACUACCUCAUGGUUGCGCCAACAAGCUGAAUCCAGCGAAGAGACAACUUCAACCGCUCCCAGUUCAGUCUCGCAUUCUGGAACUACUUUUGACUCUGCUCCCAGGACGAGCGGCGUGCAUACGGAUAGCGCAGAAGGUAUGAGAGUCGAGAAAGGCUUCCUGAUACCGAGCAUCCCCAAAUCGUCGACCAUGAAUACUAUGCGAGCAAUUAUCGAUGGAUGCAUCGACCUAGAUGUGGCGAUUAACAAUCAGAAAGAGGCCGUCCGCCGUCCGCCGUCCGCCCCUUUUAGGCAAGGAGGAAGCUGGAUAUCAAGGUGGGUGGAUAGGUGA